GGCAUAUCCGCCCUGGAAUCUUAUCCGAAAUAGGGUUGACGGGCAGUUCUCCUGCUAUCGUCCUUCUCUUGGCAAACACGUUGGACGAUCCGUCCUCGCCAUAGUCACCAUAGCCCGCUCCUUGUCGGUUCUGCCAUUAGAUUAUUUAUUCCAUGAAUAAUCCUCCUCUCAUGGCAUUCUCCGUUUGUCAUAGUCAAUUGAUCCUCCAUGGACGAGGGUUCCCAUUCCCAACUUCCUCGACGGAAGAGAGUUUCUAGAGCCUGCGACCGGUGUCGAAGCAAGAAGGACAAAUGCGAUGGUCUCCGGCCAACUUGCUCCGCCUGCCAGACCGCCGGCCUGGCUUGUUCAUACGACCCUCAUUCGAAGAAGCGCGGUUUACCCGAGGGAUAUGUUCGAGGCCUGGAGAAGCUAUGGGCUCUUACACUUUGCAACAUCGAGGGAUUGGAGGAUACCGUUUUGGCAAUGAUAGGCGCUACUGCGGAAUCCGCUGAACGUGCCCCCCGCGCGAUGCAAUUGUGGACCGACGACAGCACAUCAGAGACUUUGCACAAUUCCUGGAAGUCCAGUCGUCUCUUCGGUGCUCUUGAAAAUGCGCUGUCCGGCACCACUACCUCGCAAUCAUUAGGUAAAAAAAGAUUGCGAGAUGACCUGGAGAACGUGUCUGAUGGCGCAGAAGAGGAAUGGGGAUUCCGCGUGCGCAGAAGCUCAGUACCUCUAGGGUCCUAUGCUCCACACGUAACCAAGCCUUCCGUUAGGCCCAGUGUCAAAAGGAAUCGAUUGUCGAAGUCACCAGAUGGCCAAAGCUCGCAGUAUUCUGCCAGUGAUACGGACGAUACGUUGCGACUACCGUCGCAUACCUCUCAGCUGUUGGAUGUCUAUUUCGCAAUCACGCAUUCAUGGCUGCCAAUUGUGACAAAACACAACAUCCUACGGGCCUCUUACCAGUAUCCCAUGUCCCGAUUAUGUGUUUCUAGUUCAUCUCUUGGAUCCGGCGACCAUGCAGCACUUUGGGCCAUCCUGAGCUACAUCACUGUCCAGUCUACCUUACAGGACAGGUCGGAAGAAACGCUUCCCAAGGUGAAGGAAUAUUAUUCAAUAUCUCGGAAACUAAUCCCUUUGGAAACCGAAAAACACGAGCUGGGUCAUGUCCAGGCACUGCUCCUGCUCACUCUGGUGAGCAUUGGCCUUGAAGACUGGCCCGCUGCUUGGAUGUUGAGUGGACAAGCGGUGCGCCUGGUCACCGGUAUGGAAACGACUGACCUGCCCGAUGAGAAAAAACAGUUUCGGGCAGUCUUCCUAGGAUGUUUUGUCAUCGACUCUCUUCUUUCUUUCCGCCUCUCUCGAAGUCCGUCUAUGCGCCCCAAGGAUCUGGCUAGCGUGGGACUGUUGGAAGAGGAUGGUCUAGAGGAGUGGAGCUCCUGGGUUGAUUUCCUAUCCCCAAUGGAGCCUGUGACAAUGAAAAACCCGCCGCGUCGAGGACCUCUGCUUGGUCUGAGUUGCUUCAACCGACUCGUCGAGCUGGCCAGUGUUUUAAACAGAAUCACCUGCGAUUUCUCGAUAGGAUCUAAUGCAACUACUUUUUCCCAGCAACUUUUGCUGGACCUGAGACAAUGGGAAGGUCAUAUGCCACUGGGAUGUCGGCUUGCUGGUUCGGAAAGUACCCCUCAAAAGUCAACUCCAGCUCUACUUCCUCACCAGAGCUACCUUUGCUUGACUUAUAUUUCCAUCCUCUUAUGGAUUUACCUCAACAUAGUCCCCCAGGGGCAGGAUUUACCUUCGUCUUCACUGGAAGGCUCAAGGAAGGUGCUCUAUAGGGUCUUGCCAUUGAUUUCGCAGCAUUUGGAAAAUUUCAAAAUGUGCGGCCUACCGCCAAUCUUCGAGUGCCCCCUCCGUGCCAUUAUUGAGAAAGCCUUUACACUACGGAACAAGGCCCAUCCUGAUUCGUUCCCUUUCGCGCAGUGGACGGAAGCCCUUAUUCAGCGCAUGAAUGACCUUAGUCGUACAUGGCCAGUUUAUCACACAUUAGGUAAAACGAUCAACUCUUGGAAUGGGUCUAAGAAUUUACAGGAAAGACCGCCCUUUCCCUUUGAAAGCCGACCGAUAGACGGAACUCAGAUCCCUGGGGAUCCUGGACGUACUGAGGAAAUUAUGACUGUGGAACAUCGGUCAGAAGCUGUCGCGCCAAUUUACUCGACAAGAAUAAUGGGUGGCUUGCCAUCUGUCACUGCGGGUGCCGAAGAUGUAAAACCCGCCAUUGGCAUCAAUAUUUUAACGAAUGGAGGUUUUAUAGCAUCCAGAGAUACAAGUCCUCCACUUCAACAAGCUCAUGUUCGCCAGAAUUUCACGAGCACACUGACAUCUCGGCAUCGCCCUGAUGCACUGCUGCCAUCUGUGAGCCAUCCUCAGUCGCCAACGACAACGCCCGCUGUCUCAGUUGCGAACAACCCAAAUAACUCCACGCUGGCUAGGAAUGACAUACUUCCCCAUAGAAAUGGUCAUGACAAUAAUCCUGGCGUACCUCCAGGAUCACGUUCGUCCAACGAGAUUGAUUCCAUUUUCAAGGACCUGGCAUAUCUUGAUACUACGGAAUGGGCUACUAACCGCGAGGCGGGGUUAAGAGAUUUCGGAUUUAUGGAUGAUACAACUUUCCAGGCGUUUUGCCAUGACCCAGACCGUUUAGCUGGAUCUCAGCCUUUGAUAUAUCCGUCAAGUAUUCAGGAUAUUUGGCCACCUCCGGGCUUCUUCCCAGAUAUGUUCCAGAAGAAUGACGGAUGAAUAGACCAAGAAGUGGGAUAGGCGGCAUUUAAAGCUAGCAUUGAUCUAUUCAUGUCUGUGACAAGGGCAUUGCGAUCAAGGGGACAAUACGCUAAUGCUUAUUCGCGUGCCCGGUUUACAAUUUGGGAAAAACCUCUAUCCCUGUCUUGCAAAGAAGGGCCAUUCUAGGACUUGAACAUUCGGGUUAUCCCUCGCCGCCUUCUUAUUGCCUCAGUGGCACCGACUACCUUCAAACCAUACUCUUAGUGCUGGAUAUGCACCCCCAACGUUCAUAAUAAAAAGACUUGUGGAAGUGUAUGGUGACUGGAGAGGAUGAUCGCUGAUUCAAUGCAGCUCUCUUGAUGUCCCCUUUUGUCUUUUGCGUGGAAUGGCACCUGAAGCCCCAUACGUGACAUCUUUCUUUACUCGCAACGAAGGUGGGUUUAGAUCAGGGCCUUUCCAG